GAUCGCCUUCACUUCCCGCUCGCCGGCCUCGGAGGCGGCGGGUCCCGCGCGGGCGCAGGGCUGCGGGCGCUCGGCUGGGGCGCGGGGCGGAGACGCGGCCGCCGCCCGCUUUGCGCCGCUCCUCCCCGCGCGAGUGGCACUCGGCCGGGCGUCGAGGCGGCCAUGGCGACCCUGAGCCCGCUCCCCACCCACCCCGCCUGCUCCGCCCUCCCCUCCGCCCCGCGCCACCUUUGAUGGCUCGGACCUCGGCCGGCCACCGCCAGCCCCGCUCGCGCUCCCGCGCCGCCGCCGCCCGCGGGUAUUAAUAGCCGAGCGCCCCGCUGCACGCGCAGCCCGGAGCCGCCGCGCCCUCGGCAGCCAGGGGCUCGGAGCUGCUGAGCCCGGAGGCCCGGAGUGGGAGCCGGAGCCGCCGGCGCCGUGGAGAUAUUGUAUAAUCUGCUUUCACCAUGGGAGAAAUAGAGCAGAGGCCAAGUCCAGGAUCGCGACUGGGGGCCCCGGAGAAUUCGGGGAUCAGUACCUUGGAACAUGGACAGAAGCCGCCCCCAACACCUUCAGGAAAACUCAUGUCCAUUAAAAUCCAGAUGCUGGACGACACCCAGGAGGCAUUUGAAGUUCCACAAAGAGCCCCUGGGAAAGUGUUGCUGGAUGCAGUUUGCAACCACCUCAACCUCGUGGAAGGGGACUAUUUUGGCCUCGAGUUUCCCGACCACAAAAAGAUCACGGUGUGGCUGGAUCUCUUAAAACCUAUUGUCAAGCAGAUUAGAAGGCCAAAGCAUGUUGUUGUGAAGUUUGUGGUGAAAUUCUUUCCACCUGACCACACACAACUCCAGGAAGAACUCACAAGGUACCUGUUUGCUCUGCAGGUGAAGCAGGAUCUGGCUCAAGGCAGGCUGACGUGCAAUGAUACCAGCGCGGCUCUCUUGAUCUCACACAUUGUACAAUCCGAGAUUGGGGAUUUCGAUGAAGCAUCAGACAGAGAGCAUUUAGCAAAAAACAAGUACAUACCUCAGCAAGAUGCGCUAGAAGACAAAAUCGUGGAGUAUCACCAUAACCACAUCGGACAAACACCAGCAGAAUCAGAUUUCCAACUUCUGGAGAUUGCCCGUAGGCUGGAGAUGUAUGGGGUCCGGUUGCACCCAGCUAAGGACAGGGAAGGUACGAAGAUCAACCUGGCUGUUGCCAACACGGGAAUUCUAGUGUUUCAGGGUUUCACCAAGAUCAACGCCUUCAACUGGGCGAAAGUGCGCAAGCUGAGCUUCAAGAGGAAGCGCUUUCUCAUCAAGCUCCGCCCAGACGCAAACAGCUCGUACCAGGAUACCUUGGAAUUUCUAAUGGCCAGUCGGGAUUUUUGCAAGUCGUUCUGGAAAAUCUGUGUUGAACAUCAUGCCUUUUUUAGACUUUUUGAAGAGCCCAAACCAAAGCCAAAGCCUGUUCUCUUUAGUCGAGGCUCAUCAUUCCGGUUCAGCGGUCGGACUCAGAAGCAGGUUCUCGACUUUGUUAAAGAAGGAGGACAUAAGAAAGUGCAGUUUGAAAGGAAACAUAGCAAGAUCCAGUCCAUCAGAAGCCUUGCUACACAGCCCACAGAGCCGAAUUCAGAAGUGCCAAAACAAGCUCAGCAGAGUGCCAGCCUUCCGCCCGGAGAAGGUGCGGAGCCCGCAGGUGGCGCGGGCGGUCAGCAAGGAGCGGAGCCGAGCGCUGCGGCCGAAGAGCGCCAGAGCCCCGCGCCGCCCAGGAGCCCCGCGGGCGGCGGGAAGGCGGACGGAGCCCCGCGGGCGCCGGCCGACGAAGAGGAGGAGGUCGUUAAGGAUAGGACCCAGCAGAGUAAAGCUCAGCCCCCGCAGCCGAGCACAGGCUCCCUGACUGGUAGCCCUCACCUUUCAGAGCUGUCCAUCAACUCGCAGGGAGGAGCCGCGCCCACCAACGUGAUCCUGUCUCCCAACCUGAGCCCUGACACCAAGCAGGCCUCUCCCUUGGUCAGCCCGCUGCUGAACGACCAGGUGUGCCCACGCACCGACGACGAGGAGGAAGGCCGGAGAAAGAGAUUCCCGACUGACAAGGCAUACUUCAUCGCUAAGGAAGUCUCCACCACCGAGAGAACUUAUCUGAAGGAUCUUGAGGUCAUCACUUCGUGGUUUCAGAGCACAGUCAGCAAAGAGGAUGUCAUGCCCGAAGCCUUGAAAAGUCUCAUAUUCCCUAAUUUUGAACCUUUGCACAAAUUUCAUACAAGUUUUCUCAAGGAGACUGAACAACGACUAGCCCUGUGGGAAGGCCGCUCAAAUGCCCACAUCAGAGGGGAUUACCAAAGAAUCGGAGAUGUCCUACUGAAGAACAUUCAGGGUAUGAAGCAACUGGCGGCUCACCUGUGGAAGCACAGUGAAGCUUUGGAGGCGCUGGAGACGGGCAUCAGGAGCUCGCGGCGGCUGGAGAGCCUGUGCAGAGACUUCGAGCUGCAGAAGGUGUGCUACCUGCCGCUCAACACCUUCCUCCUGCGCCCGCUGCACCGGCUCAUGCACUACAAGCAGGUCCUGGAGCGCCUGUGCAAGCACCACCCGCCCAGCCACGCAGACUUCAGGGACUGCCGUGCUGCUCUGGCAGAGGUUACCGAAAUGGUGGCACAGCUUCACGGUACGAUGAUCAAGAUGGAGAAUUUCCAGAAGCUGCAUGAACUCAAGAAAGACUUGAUUGGCAUCGACAAUCUUGUGAUUCCGGGAAGGGAAUUCAUCCGCCUGGGCAGCCUCAGCAAGCUCUCCGGCAAGGGGCUCCAGCAACGCAUGUUUUUCCUGUUCAACGAUGUCUUGCUGUACACGAGCAGGGGGCUGACGGCCUCGAAUCAGUUUAAAGUGCACGGGCAGCUCCCGCUGUACGGCAUGACUAUAGAGGAAAGCGAAGACGAGUGGGGUGUCCCCCACUGCCUGACCCUGCGGGGCCAGCGACAGUCCCUCGUCGUGGCGGCCAGCUCUAGAUCCGAGAUGGAAAAGUGGGUCGAGGAUAUACAAAUGGCCAUCGACUUGGCAGAGAAAAGCAGUGGCCCCACUCCCGAGUUCCUGGCCAGCAGCCCCCCAGACCACAAGUCCCCCGAUGAGGCCGCGGUGGCUGACCAGGAGUCGGAGGACGACCUGAGCGCGUCGCGCACGUCGCUGGAGCGCCAGGCCCCGCACCGCGGCAACACCAUGGUGCACGUGUGCUGGCACCGCAACACCAGCGUGUCCAUGGUGGACUUCAGCGUCGCCGUGGAGAAUCAGUUGUCCGGGAACCUGCUGAGGAAAUUCAAAAACAGCAACGGGUGGCAGAAGCUGUGGGUGGUGUUCACGAACUUCUGCCUGUUCUUCUACAAGUCCCACCAGGACCAUCACCCCCUGGCAAGCCUGCCUCUGCUCGGCUACUCACUCACCAUUCCCUCUGAGUCUGAGGACAUCCACAAAGACUACGUGUUCAAGCUGCAUUUCAAGUCUCACGUGUACUACUUCAGGGCCGAAAGCGAGUACACGUUUGAAAGGUGGAUGGAGGUGAUCCGCAGCGCGACCAGCUCGGCUUCCCGCACCCACAUCCUGAGUCACAAAGAAUCCCACGUGUACUGAUGGCAGGACCCGUUUGCUGGUGUGAGCGGUGGCUGCUUUCCCGGGAGACACUUACUUUCCCUCUGUAUUAAUGAAGCCUAGUAAAAUUAACACCUGUCUGGAAAACAGAAACAUGGUUUCACAGCAACUCUCCUCUAUCUCCGCAAAACCGUUUUUAACCUUGUCUUUUCAAGCUGUUCGUGUCGUCUGAACGGAACCGUGCUCCCACCUCGGACGCUGGUGGCUCGUCCGUCCUUGUCCUGGUGGGCUCUUUCUAGCUUGUGCCAGUAUUAAAACGUUGUCAUUGAUGUAGUGCCAAAUGACGGUUUUUCUUCCACAAACUGCACCUUAAAAGCAGGACAACCACAUCCGUUCAACCAAAAAAGACAGGGCAAGUGCUCUCCUUUUUCUUAAAAAAGAAAAUUCUUUUGACUUAUAGGCUGGUGCAUUUUAAAAACAAAUGGAUUUUCCAAUGUUUGUGAUACAUAUGGCACAGUCUUAAGCAAAAUGAGAUCAUUUUCCGAUUUCGUUUUUUCAAUCUUUCUACUUUUAUAAUAGUAGCAAGUUAGUAGGAUUUACUUCGAUUAAUAAGCAAUUUGCAGCACACGAAGUACGUUCCCCUUUGGGGUCUUACGCUCCAAGGAAACGCUGUUCUUGGCACAAGUUGACCAAAUUGUUGAAGCGGUUCCUCUUUACAGACCGUAGCGGGUUGUGCUCUGUUCAGAGAAGCAGAAACCGAGCACGACGUCCACGGUCUCGCUGUGGUGUGUCCGACCGAAGAUGCUAAGCCGUGUGUUUGCUGUUUCAUAAGCAUGAGAACCCGUAUGUCCGUAAUCAGGGCCAUUUGUGAGAUGUGACGUCCGGAGGGUGGGUGCGGCCCCCGUCAUACCUGUAUCCUGCAACUGUGGUUUGGAAUUGCACAUUCAAUAGUAGUAUAUAUCGUGCCUGUCUUCAGAAAACAUUCUUUCCUCCUUUUUAUACUCACUGCCCCCCCGCCGCCCGCAUGGGGUAUCACCAGUAGGACACUGCGCAUCCUCGACAGACCGCACAGGGGACACGGCUGGUGCCCACGAGGCAGAGUCCGUGUGCCUGUUCUCCGUGGAGGGCGGGGCUGCUAUCCCCUAGUUAAACCCUUUCUGACACAGUCCAGAGGGGGCGACAAAUCCAACCAGUAUCUCCCAGUGCCCGCACCACAGCUGGGAAAGCCCCUUACCUAAGAAACACAGGACGACCCGACGCGGGGGAGCCGUGACUGGCGUGCGUGGCAACGGCGAUGUGCAAAUCAACGUGCAAAUGGACCAGUAGCCCGAGACAUGUUAAUCAUUUGCCUUACGACAUGUACCAGAUGGUUUUAAGUACUAACAAAAGGGAAUAAAAAUACCUCACGCCACAAUCCAGCAUAUUGAAGUUUUAAGGCAAAACAUAA